AGCCCCAUCUCCCCAACCUCCCUCUUAAAUUCCCUCACCACUUUUUAAACUUCCAUCACUGCACUUUGCAGCUCAAUGCUUCAUCAACAAUGGCGGAAUCAACCACAAAACACCUUCAAUUUUUCCUCUUCAUCCUCUUCCCCAUAGCUCUCGCCGCUUCUCCGGCGGAUCUCGCCCACACCCAAUGCUUGAAGGUCUCCUCGUCGGAGUUCUCCAGCUCCAUCGUCUCCGCCAUCGAUGUCGUCCGGCAGGUCGCCGCCAUUUUCUCCCCGUUCGCCAAAUUACUCGGCGAUUCCCGCCUCGCCACCGCCAUCUCCGAUUGCCUCGACUUGCUCAACUCCUCCGCCGACCAGCUGGACUGGUCCCUUUCCGCCGCCCGGAACCCCACCGGGAAAAACAACAGCACCGGCGAUCUGACCUCCGAUCUCCGAACAUGGCUGAGCGCGGCGGCCGUCAACCCAGAAACAUGUCUGGACGGAUUCGACGGCACCAACAGCAUCGUCAAAGGAUUGGCGUCCGCCGGAAUCGCCCAGCUGACAUCGGAGAUCUCUGAGCUUCUUUCCAUGGUGAAAUCGGUCUCCGGCCAGGCGGCGGAGUUUCCGUCGUGGGUCAAACCGGAGGAUCGGAAGCUGCUGCAGGGAGGUGGGUUGGCCGCCGACGCCACCGUGGCCGCCGACGGGACAGGGGAUUUCACGACGGUGAUGGAUGCGGUGGCGGCGGCGCCCGACAACAGCAUGCGGCGGUAUGUGAUUUACAUAAAGAGAGGGGUGUAUUUGGAGAACGUGGAGAUCAAAAAGAAGAAAUGGAAUCUGGUGAUGAUUGGGGACGGAAUUGAUUCCACCAUUAUUUCCGGUAAUCGGAGCUUUGUCGACGGCUGGACCACAUUCCGCUCUGCAACAUUCGCUGUUAGCGGGAGAGGAUUCAUAGCGCGCGAUAUAACAUUCGAGAACACCGCCGGACCGGAGAAGCACCAAGCGGUGGCGCUGAGAUCCGACUCCGAUCUCUCGGUGUUCUUCAGAUGCCGCAUUAGAGGCUACCAAGACACCCUUUACACCCACACGAUGCGCCAAUUCUUCCGCGACUGCUACAUCAGCGGCACCGUCGACUUCAUUUUCGGCGAUGCCACCGCCGUCUUCCAGAACUGCACCAUCCUC